CCAUCUUGAUACCAGAUUGACCAUCUCGAAACCAGCUUAAAACCAGGCUGGAAUCAAGCAGAAAUUUCCACCAGGGAAAACUGUAACAUCCUGGCAUUUUACAGUUUUGCUCCUCUCUGCUUCUUAUUAAUUAGGCUCCUCCUACAUCCUGUCAUGCUACUUCACAAACUGGGCACAGUACAGACCCCCUCCCACCAUUUACAUGCCCAAUGACAUCGACCCCUGCCUGUGUACACACCUGCUCUACGCCUUCGCCACCAUGAAGAACAACAUGAUCGCCACGUACGAAUGGAACGACGUGGAACUCUACAGCCAGUUCAACGCCCUGAAGAACAAGAAUGGAAACCUGAAGACUUUGCUGUCAGUUGGAGGGUGGAACUUUGGCUCCGCUGGAUUCUCUGCAAUGGUAGCCAGCCCUGCCAACCGCAAGACCUUCAUCGACUCAGUCAUCGUCUUCCUCAGACAGUACGAGUUUGAUGGUCUGGAUAUCGACUGGGAGUACCCAGCCAACAGGGGGAGCCCUCCACAGGACCAGCAGCUCUUCUCCGUUCUGUUAGCGGAAAUGAGGGCAGCCUUUGAGGCUGAGGCCAAGCAGACCAACAGAGCUCGCCUCCUGAUGUCUGCAGCAGUUUCUUCUGGGCGGGGCACCAUUGAAACAGCCUAUCAGAUUCCUCAGCUUGGACAGUCUCUGGACAUGAUCAAUGUGAUGAGCUACGACAUGCAUGGGUCUUGGGAUCCCUUCACUGGGGAGUGCAGCCCCCUCUACAGGGGUCCUGCUGACCAAGGAGGCUACAUCUACUUCAAUGUGGACUACGCCAUGCACUACUGGCAAAGCAACGGUGCCCCUGCUGAGAAGCUGCUGGUCGGAUUCCCCACCUACGGCAACACCUUCACGCUGACCAACCCCGCCAACCACGGCGUCGGUGCCGCCAUCUCCGGGGCCGGACUGCCAGGGAAGUACACCCAGGAGGCUGGAGAGCUGGCCUACUUUGAGAUCUGUGGCUUUUUGGAGGGAGCGACGGAAGUGUGGAACAGUCCCCAGGACGUCCCAUAUGCCUACAAGGGAAAUCAGUGGGUGGGCUAUGACAACGUCAAGAGCUUCGAGAUCAAGGCCCAGUGGGUAAUGCAGAACAAGUAUGCUGGGGCCAUGGUGUGGACCAUCGACAUGGACGACUACUUGGGGACCUUCUGCAACCAGGGCAAAUACCCCCUGAUCACCGUGCUGCACAAGGCCUUUGGCCUGGACCAAGCAACCUGCUCCCCUCCUGCCACUCCCCUGCCUCCCAUCAAGGGAGUGACCACCGGCGGCGGCAGUACCAGCGCUAACUCCGGCAACUCCGGCGGCAGCGCCGGCGGGAGUUCUGGCGGCAGCUCCGGCGGGAGCAGCUCCAGCGGCACCAGCGGCAUGAACCCCAGCUUCUGCACGGGCAAGGCCAACGGAAUGUACCCCGACCCCACCGACAAGAACCAGUUCUACCAGUGCAGCGGCGGACAGACCUACUUCCAGCACUGCGCCACUGGCCUGACCUUCGACGCCAGCUGCAGCUGCUGCAACUGGGCCUAAGCCUGAUCCAAUCAGAGGGCUGCAUUCAUAAACCUUCCACCACAGCAGUGAGAGCUAUGGUUGGGCGAUGUCGGUGACUGCCAUUAUGACAUCAUGAAGGAGGGGUUAGGGAAAGUAACACCAUUAGGUACAACAACACCUGACAUUCUGUACACCCUUCACUGUUGUUAUUUGUAAAUUUUCAAGUUGAUGUAUUUACAGUCUUUAUAAAUGCAGCUCUUUGAAAAAACCUGCUCACAAAAUUAAAAACAAAAAACUUCUAUUUGUUGUGAAUACAGGCCAAUUAUCGUAAUACCUUCGGCUUUUAAACCCCUUUGUUUUUCGGCAACCUGUAAUUACCAAGAUAAGUCAAGAUAUAAAAACAUUGAAUAAGGCAAAGAAAUUUUUCAGUGUCUUUUGUAGUGUAUUGAACAUCAGUGCUUGUUGACAGCAAAGCCUGAAAAAUCUAAACUCUUGCUGUGAAAACUACAGUGUUUCUGAAAAAUUGCAGAAUUGAUCAACACCUGUGGCUGUUUGAGCCCAACGCUUUCCUGUUUCCACAACACUGCUGCGAUUAACGCAAUACACACAAAACACAAUCAGCAUUAGAUCUGUAUCAUUGUGCAAGUCGGGCUGGUUUGUAGAUGCUUGUGCGCCAUCUGUCUGAAGAUUGGGAAAACUGUUUUCCUUUGCCUGAGGCCAAUGUAUUGGUAACACCCAUCAUCCAGCAGUUUCAAUAAAAGCAACAUAAAAACACAACAA